GGCCGCGCCGGAGCCUGUGCUCGGAACGCGUCCUGGAGUGCUACGCGGCCGCCGCAGUGAUGGGCGCUGGGCCUGCGGGAUCGCGGAGGGGAGUCGAGGAACAGCCGGGCCGGGCUGGAGAGACCGCCGCAGGGACUGGCCCUCGACACUGAACCGCGGCGGGGUCCCCGCCGGCUCUGUAAGGGCCUGUGAGCGCGAGUGGGGCGCACCGAAGGAGCCGGGCAGCCUCCAGCCACUUCGCGGGGACCGCUAGGCGGAUCGAGAGGGCCUUGUGGGCACAUCUGGGGCUUUGGUGACCCCGCCAGGCGCAUUUCGGGGGCCGGGCCGCGUCCUCCGGGGCCGCCGUACAUCCACGUGGGGCACUGCUGGGGCCCUGCGCCGCCUCGGUGAAGCCCCGGGGCGCCCCUGGAUGGCUGAACUGCCCCCUCGCCGGCCGCCCGGACGCCGCAGCGGCUGAGCUCGCUGGGAUCGCCGGGCCGCCGCCCUCCCCGCCCCCUGCAUGCCCGGCGCCCGGGUCGCGGCCCACCUGGACGUACUGGGCCCCCUGGUUCCCUCCGUGCCGCCGCCGCUGCUGCCCUCUAUGUUCUACGUGGGCCUGUUCUUCGUCAAUGUGCUGAUCCUAUACUACGCCUUUCUCAUGGAGUACAUCGUCCUCAACGUGGGCCUCGUCUUCCUGCCCGAGGACAUGGACCAGGCGCUCGUGGACCUCGGCGUGCUCUCCGACCCUGGCUCCGGCCUCUAUGAUGCCGACUCGGAGCUCGACGUCUUUGAUGGUUACUUGGAGUAGUCUUGGCUGCCGUCCCACCACUCCCCAACGACCUGCAACCUUUGGCCCGGAACAGCCGCCCAAAUCAUGCCGCCGCUGCUGGUUGGGGGCACCGUCUGGCCAGGGAUGGGUCCCUCGGGACGAGGCCUUCUCUGGCCUCCAAGGCCUGCCUGCUCCCCUCGAAAGCUCCGUGCCAUCAGAGAGGCUCCUGUCCGGACCCCAGAGGGUGGGGUGCAGAGACUGAGCCUGAAUGCCCAGGUGGGAAAGGCGUCUGCCCCCGCCCCAGGGGGAUGGUGUGGGCACCCAGAGGCCUCCCCUACCUGCAGCUUCGCACAAGUGGCCCUGCCCCGGCUUCUGGCCCUUCGCAACGGCGGCGGACAUUUACAGGAACCCAGCCAGGGUCUGCCUCCCCGCUCUUCACCCCCAGCUGCACCUGCUUCCCCCACUUAACCUUCAGAGAGGACACGUCACCCGCGGACACACUCCCAGCUCUGGGACUGCCAGCUGUUCGAUGCCAGUUGAGCCUUCAGCGCGCCGGGUUUGGCCCGAGGCUGGUCGCAGGGGCAGGGAGUGACUCAGAAGGGAAAGGAGCCGAGGAGCGCAUCAGGGGCCGAGGGCCUGGUUCCGCCGCACUCGUUGCAAGUUGCUUGUUCCUAAUCAGGUUGCCAGAACUGAUCCGUCACGCUGGGGGAGGACCGCUUUGCUCCUCUGGCCGGAAUAUUUUUUUUUGAAAAUGUGAGUGGUAUGAAUACUUGAUUUCGAUAAACCUGUAAAAGCAAUACUUGGGAGGCUGACUUAUUUCAAUUAAAAUAUUGUAUGCAACUCCA